AUGCUCAGAGCCCCCACGGCACAAACCCUUCUCCGGCCCCGGGAGAGGCUCCAACGGCCCCGCGCGAGCCAGGCAGAGCCGCAGCAGCCCGCGCGCGUUUGCAACUCGGCUUGUUCGCGCCCAAUCGACGUCACUUCCGGUACAGGGAGAGUCAGGAACUACAUCUCCCAGCCUGCCCCGGGGGCGCUUCCGCUUUUUCUAGACCAGGGGCUGGUGACCUUCGAGGAGGUGACUGUGUAUUUCACCAGGGAAGAGGGGGCUCUGCUGGACCCCACUCGGAGAGCCUUUUACAGAGACGUCAUGCAGGAGAACUAUGAGAAUGUGACCUUGCUGGGGUUUCCAGUUUCCAAACCUUCUGUGAUCUCCCAGCUGGAAGGAGGGGAAGAGCCAUGGGUCCUGGAUCUCCAGGAUUCAGAGGAAAGAAAGAUCCUGAGAAGUCCUUGGACAGCAGGUGAUGGGGUGGUGAGGGAGAGCGAGGAGCAGAAUCCUCACCAGGAAGAUGCUGAGUUCGCCGAAGCGCAUGGGGAAUUACUGCGAAGAUCCAAAGGGAGCAUGACCAGCCCCUGUGAUCAGGGAAAAGCUCAUGAAAGUUACCAUAGACAAGAGAGAGAGCAGGGAAACCACUCAGAGGAGAAAGUGGAUGAACCCAUUAAUUGUCAGGGAACUCACAGGGACCUCAAUGAAACUACGUCCCAGGAAAAAUCCUCACUAAGAAGCGAGAGAAUACGUGUAGUGAGUGUGGGAAAAACUUCAAUUACCAUUCAGGCCUUAUUCGACAUGAGAUAA